GCAGAAGAUACAAAGUUUCACGCAGUGCGGUGCGCAAAGUUUAGUAACACAAUAUGUACUGCAUUAGUAGUACAAUGGAAACAUGCAGUACUAGAUGUAAUCGAUAUUAAGCAUGCGUCAUUAAGGAGUGACAUUUUGUGAGCUAAAUUUGAAACUGAGAAAAAUAGCAAACACGAUAGUGAAUUCGUAUUUGUGAAGCGCCUCCACAAAAUCUCGUAAUAAACGAGACACAGUAUAUCUCAAAGAUGGCUGCAUGUCUUAUCAUGACUUGAAUCUGGAAAAUGUAUUUACUUUUCAGUCAUACACGUAUCAUGUUGAAAGUGGAUGGGUGGUUGCUAUCGCAAGAUGAAAUAUUUUUGCGGCUAGUCUAACAAGUGCGAUGGCGGACGAGGAUGCCGAACGACAUGCCUUAGAUGUUUGCCAGUCAAUGAUUGACAUUUCUGCUAAUCGCUUAGAAGGAUUGAGAACACAAUGUGCAACGAGUGCAGAACUUACACAGCAAGAAAUCAGAACGUUAGAGGGAAAACUGAUAAAGCUCUUUUCAAAACAACUGGUCACGAAAGCAAAACUUGGAGAUUCACUCCCACCUGAGAUAAGACAUCUGCCAUCUCUAAGACAGUGGUUAUUGGUUGUAGGUCUCAGCCCUGAAUCCAUAAAGGCUGUUUGCGAGAAAGUGGUAUCCUUAGAAGCAUUAAGAGAGAGAUCAGAAAGGGAGAUAAGGAUGUUGGUUCUCGACAGAAAUGCAUGCAAUUUGUCAUAUGAAGAGAGGACUGCAAGGGAGGAAGAAGUCAGAAGGCUCAAUCGUGCUCUGCAGAACCUUAGAAAAUACACUGAGGCACUAAUGUGUGGCAAAGGAGUGGUGGGAGAAGAGAUGACCUUGUACUGGGAUUCAUGGGACAGACACCAGGUACUAAAAGGCAGCAGUAACUCAUCACCAAGACCUCCCAGAACUAGAGCAUCACGUUCUUCAGUUCCUUCUGAGGAUUUCUUGCAACAGAGUGGGUCAGGUGGCAGCAGUACACUCACUGGUUCAGGAUCUGUGUCAUCGCUGCCUCGCUAUACACCACCCAGCACUCCGCCUGUAAGCAAGAGUCGCUCAGGUGAACGUGUGAAGUUUCCAACAACACCACCACCACGCAAAAAGCACCAGACUGGACUCCUGCCUGAAGCGUAUCCUCUAACCAAGUCAAAGAGCCAUGAGUCUCAGCUGGCAAAUCGGGUGGAUGGAGGAGACAGCAGUGGUGCAAGCAAUGAGCAUAUUCCAGGAACAGGUGGUAGGCUUAUGCGCCGGGGUCGGUUGCCAACAGAGCCAGGACCCAACUGCAGUAGUGAUCUAAUUGGCCAAGAAAACACCUCGCCCCAGCUUGGCAGCCCCUCAAGAGCUCCGCCUAGUCCAGCAUUGCCUGAUGACCCCUCCAAUAAGGCAACACUUCAAGUUCCAAAGUCUCCAAGGACACCCACAGUUUCACGUGGAAUGGGUCACAUGAUUGCACAUCGCUUCACAAAAGCAUUUAAAGUGAUGACAACUUGUGAUUACUGUGACAAGCAGAUGUUCUUAGGCACAGGUCUGAAAUGCAAGGAGUGCAAAUAUAAAUGUCACAGGGAAUGUGAAAGCAAAGUGCCCCCAAGUUGUGGCUUACCUAGGGAAUUCCUUGAUGAAUUUCGUCGGCAGUUGCAGCCAGAUGCAGUAUUCACAUCUAACCAGUCUCCAAGCUCCGGGCGACCAAGUCAGUCUUCUCCAAGUCAUCACCCAUCGGUGCUGUUGACGUCGUUUGGAUGGAGAGACCGUAAACGUUCACAUCCACAGCCUUCUGUUAAUGUUCAAGCAUUUCCGGGUCCUGACUCAAGUUCAAACACAUCUUCUUGUAACAGCUCGACGCCAUCAAGUCCGGCACUUGUCAUGACAGCCCAUACCCCUCAUGCUGCUUCUAAACAACAAUUUCAUUUUCCAGAUGUGAAUUCGCAGCCUGAGAAGGGUGUCACCUUAGAGACACAUCCAUUGGCUCCUUCUGCAUCAACUCCAGUUAGUAGUAGUUCUGUCAUUACAAAUACUUCAGUAAAGACAACAGAGACUGUGGAGAGUGAUGACCUUGCAGACACAUCAAAGUCAAAUGACAGUGAGCGUACUGUGUCUGGUAGUGACAGUGAACGUACACCUGUGCGGGUUGACUCUCAGGAUAGUCAAGUGUCUGAUGGGGAAGCAGUUGAACGAACCUGGCCCAGACAAAACAGUCUUUCAAUGAGGGAGUGGGAUAUCCCAUUUGAUGAAUUGAAGAUGGGUGAGCCAAUUGGUACUGGAAGGUUUGGAACUGUGUACCGUGGGAACUGGCAUGGUGACGUGGCCAUUAAGGUUCUCAACACACACCACCUGGAUGAUGAGAAGACACUUGAGGCCUUCAAGCUUGAGGUUGCAACAUUCCGGAAGACAAGGCAUGAAAACCUGGUUCUUUUUAUGGGUGCUUGUAUGAAGCCACCACGACUUGCUAUAGUGACAAGUAUGUGUAAAGGAAUGACGCUGUAUACACACAUACAUUUGCGUAAAGACAAGUUUAAUAUGAACAAAACCACUAUUGUUGCUCAGCAGAUAUCUCAGGGAAUGGGAUACCUUCAUGCAAGAGGCAUCAUUCACAAAGAUCUGAAGAGCAAGAAUAUAUUCUUAGAAAAUGGGAAGGUUGUGAUCACUGACUUUGGCUUGUUCAGUGUUACAAAGCUGUGCUAUGGAAAUAGGAAAGGUGAUGGCUUGAGCAUCCCUCCAGGAUGGUUGUGCUAUUUGGCUCCUGAAAUUGUCCGGAGUCUGCGGGCAAGACAAAAGCCUGAUGAAGAAGAACUGCCUUUCACCAAGGCUUCAGAUGUCUAUGCUUUUGGGACGGUAUGGUAUGAACUGCUAUGUGGUGAAUGGCCGUUCAAGGCACAGCCUCCUGAAGCCAUUAUUUGGCAAGUGGGAAAAGGAAUGAAGCAGUCACUAGCAAAUUUGCAGGCCUCCAGAGAUGUCAAAGACAUCCUGAUGCUUUGUUGGUCCUUCCGACCUUCGGACAGACCAGAUUUCACUUUGCUCCUCAAGACACUGGAAAAGCUGCCAAAGAAGCGCCUAGCACGCAGUCCGUCACAUCCUAUCCACCUGUCACGCUCCGCGGAAUCUGUGUUCUGAUGCUAUCUAUUUAUUGCAGUAGCCCUGUAUUAGCUUUUCUGCAUACAAGAUUAUCAUCACAGCAGACUGAAUGCAUGUGCUCAGAAAGUUACCGUAUCAUCGUGUGUACAGUACUUCUCUCUUUGUUAAUAUUAUUAGGAAUGUGGGACGGGUUGUUAUAAUUGUGUUGAUUAUUAAAAUAUUAACUUGUUUUUUACUUCAUAAUACAAAAAGCCAUUGAUAACGGAGACUAUAUACUCAAUAAUUUGUCUUUUUCAGCAGCCUUGCCAUAAUGUUAUCUGUUUGUAAAUUCUCACGGUGAAACCUCAUUUUUACAUUUCCUUUGUAAUGCGGGUCUAGUUGUGUAUUUUUAACUUAAAAAGUCAAGUAGCUACCAUGUAAGAAUGAGAUUGUUUACAAAGGAAUGCAAGUAACUGUAAUGAAUGCUUGGCGCUUAUGACUUUAAUCUGAAAGUUCUUUCUUCAGUCGUUUUAAUUACAGACCUACUAUUAAAGGUUUUUCUGAUCAGCUUACUUAGAUCCACCAACAAAAGUCUCUCUUCUCUUUCCAUUCAGUAGAUCACUUUCUGGCUUCAUCUAUAUUUCACAUCACAUUUAGCAUUAGUAUAGACUUGUCAAUACAUAAAACUAAAUUCAGGAUUGCUGGAAUACAGAUUAUGUGCUGUAAACAAAAUAUUGAGUUAUUCCCCAUAAAGUGGUAUAAUUAGUUACAUAAAAGCCAUCUGGUAUGUCAACCAUCCCAGAUUUUGUUAAAAUUUUGUGUACAUGUUUGCUAAAUGUCCAUAGAAAGAUAAAUAUAUGUCAAUUCCACAGAUUCCGAUACUUCAUAAAAAUGAGUAUCAAAAUGUCAUGGCGACAUUUCAGAAAUUUUGACUAAGUUUGGAGUUCUGUAAAUCACUGAAUAAUUCUAAUGAUAAGUUUUGUUAUUUGAUUCUAUAUUUUUACUCCAAUUAGUCAAGAAAUUUUGUUAAUACAAAAUUUCUCCUAAUUAGCUUCAUCUUUUCAUAUGAUUGGUGUCUGAAUCUCCCCUUUUACAGCAAUGUUGUGUGUUCCUAAAACAUGCAAAUUUCAUCACCAUUAGAUUUUUAGUUUUUGAGACUUUAGGGGCCGAAAUUGAUCAAAAAAAGUUAUUUUCAUAUCUUCGUGUCUCAUAAAGAAGCACUUUGUAAACUAGCUGUUAGGCUACAUAACAUGGAAAAUUUUUUGCAGAAAACGUAGGACUCCUAUUGGUACUUGAAGCAAUGACAGAGAAUCAAAUGACACAAAACUUACAGUAUGUGCACAAUGCAAACUGUUGAACCUUUUGGACACGUUUUUCAGCUUUACAACAAUCGUUCUUUGAAACACAGCACAUCAAACCAGGCUGAAAUAUUUGAAAUGUCAUGACAUUGUCUUCCUUCACUUAAAUGAUCACUACUCAGACUAUUAAAAUUUGUGAAUUAGAUAAGCACUUAUUUUACUUUGGUAAUUUAGCAUACCUGCACACACAAUUUGAGUAGUAUCUGAGAUACUUAGUGGGGAUCCCUAUUCCACUUGAUAUGGAAUCAAUGCCAUGUAAAAUGUGAAAAUCAUGUUGUACAUUCAACUCGCAUACCAAGCAUUUCACUCUCAUGCACAGCUGGUUCAAGCAAUUUACCCCUUUAAUGAGAAUAAGACUUGUUUGUGAAAGUGAGAACAACUAAAUUGGUACUUGUAAACACACCGGGUUCUUUUAGUUGUCAUUAUUUUGGAAUUGUCUCACUACAUAGACGAAAAACAAAUUCACUUACAUACGCAGUCACGCAAAGACAGAUACUUCCAGCACUCUGCUCUUCAUAAAUCCUACAUAGCCUCUUCAACCUUUUAAUGUAAUUAAAAUGACUUAUUUGUUGACCUCCAUUAUGUGCCAUUAUUGUGUUGCCACAGCGGCUGCCACCUACUACUUAGCUAACGCUCAGUGAGCUACCUACAUAGACAGUAUUCAGUCAGCAAUAUUUAAACAGCCUGUGGGCAGAGCUUAGUGAUCUGGUUGAUAAGUGGUGAUUGUUCUGAACAUUAGCUGUAAGUGAAAUAUUUUGGUCUGCCAUAUUGGCAACAGCAAAAAAUUUGUGCAUUGUAUUCUGAGGUCCGAUUGGAGGAACUCUGUUCUAAAGUGUAAAAGUCAACAACAAAAAUAAUUUUUAUCAGACUAUAGCAUAUGAGCUUGAUAUUGUAAUAUAGGGUUUGACUUAGAAUGUUUUUGUUAGCCUUUAUCGAUGGUGUAUGUAAUAUGUAUUUUUCAAGAAAGCAGAGAUAUGUUUUGCUCGUUGGCAUAAUAUACUACUUUGUGUUCUCUGUUAAAAAAAUAACAAUGCCGGGGCACCUCAGUACUUUCUCUUCUGUUUCUGAGAGAACUAAAUAUGAAACAAAAAGUGGAAAAGUGAGGUUUCACUUGUAGGCUAGAUAUGAAAUUUUAACUUUUGUCAUUAUUUGUGUAUGCCGGAGUUAAUUAUUUAGAGAAAUGUAACUUAGUUAUUGUUGGAAGAUGGGUGCAUCAUUUCUUUUGUUGUGGUAAUUUGUAACAGCUGAUACUCAACGCCAUUUAAUUCUGAACAUAAUACGUAGUUCUGAUUGUUUCGUUGCUACAGUUUGAAUUGUAUCUGGUAAGAUGCAGAUCACCUAGUAUAUAAUAUUAUUAGUGUGCCAUCUCAGUGGCUCAGACAUUUUGUGAACAUACAAAACCACAUCUCCUUUCUCUUUGCAAAUAGUUUCUUUUCUGAUUGACUUAAAUAAUAACAAAAAGUUCACUGGGUAUGUAAAAUGUUUUUCAUGAAGUGUGUGUGUGUGUGUGUGUGUGUGUGUGUGUGUGUGUGUGUGUGUGUGUGUGUGAGAGAGAGAGAGAGAGAGAGAGAGAGAGAGAGAGAGAGAGAGAGAGAUAUUCAAUAUCUGUCAGUCUGAUUAAGAAAAUGGAACAACAAUGGCAUUAGUUAUUAGAACUAACUUACAAUAAUUUUGUCUUUACGUGUCCAUAGGUGAGUUAUUUGAAAAUUUUAAGAGUCAUUUAAGUGACAUACAAGACAUAUUGGUGUCAACCUACGACAUAAAAUUUGGAUUUUUUUCCCUUCAGUACCUCUACAAAACUUUUCAUUAAAUCUCCCAGUUGGGAUUGUUUGGUUUGAUAUAUUGUCAGUUCACCUCUGAAUGCUAGAUGUGUUCCAUAUCAUGUUUGCAAUUGUUGUUAGUGAAUAUAAUUUGUUAUUUUCUGUAACCACAGAUUACUGUUCGUUGUUGUGGAACAAAUUCUGUGGUAUGAACAUUUUAUUAUGAAAAGAGAUACAAGGUAUUAAAGCACCUAAAAGUUUUUUUAUUUUUAAACGGUAUUUGAUUGGUGUAAAGUAUCACCUAUGGAAUUAAUCUCAUUGAGUGUCUAUUGCACUAUUAUCAGUAGCAUUUGAGAAAAUAGGACCAACCCAAAUACAGCAGCAAUUUUUUUAAUAAUUUAGUAACUGUUUGUGUAACAGGCUCCAGCUAUGAAAAAUACUCAUUUACAGUUCGGGAGGUGCCCUGUUACCGGUUAGGAGCUAAAGCUAAUUUCUUACUUUGGUUUGUCAGUCAUGUGCUAUCUGAGCCUGAGAUUCCACAAUUUUAAUGUCUUCCUCUGUGUACUAAAUGUGAAUUCUUUUUUGAUUAUUCUGCAAAUUUUUGUGUCAGUGCCUUCAAAAUUUUGUAACUUUUUCCAUUAUUUUUGUCUUAUAAUAGCAUGAACUUAUUGUUCUUUGCUAAUAGAGGUAAUUUUGCUGGUUGUUUAAUUUCAUGACAUAUUGAUAUUGGUAAUUGUAAGUUGCAACAAACUGAAAUGAUGCACCUUUCUUUAAAAUAUGAAGAUUGUUGUAACUGUUAUAGUGCAAGUGAUUUUGUUCAGUCAGUAAGAGAUAAGUUGCCACAGAGUUGUAAAGAUAGUUUCAGACUGUCAUCAUUAUUUAGUUAUCAGCUGCUUGCUUGCAAUUUUACUCAAUGCUCAAGUAAAGACGAUGGGAAUAGCUUCCCUUUAAUAAUAUAAAUAAUAAUAAUAAUAAUAAAAUUAUAAUAAUAAAAAUAAUAAAAAUGAUCUGCAUACUUCUCCUUCACACAAAGAUAUGUUUAGACUAACUUUCUUAAUUCUUCAGCAUCAGUGAUAGAUCGUCAAACAUACAUGAAAUGGCCAUUUUUCUCUAAUCAGUAUUAUAACUAUGAGCAACUUAUGUAAAAAGGAUGCACUUAUUAUUAUUGUUAUUAGUGAUCUUCAGUCUUUUAUUGAUGGUCUGUGGAAAGACUUUGCAUAUGAUAAAAAUAAGACUGAACUGCAGAGCUGCACGUAUACAUAGGACAAAGAUGCCUUUGAUCAUCACUCUUAAACAUGAUGGUUACCGUUAUAUUUGUUGUUAAUUGAUUUUAAUGUUGCUGCAGAACUUAUAAAAAUGUUCUGUUACUAGUGACAUUGUUUAUAAACUAAUAAUGGUAAUUCAUUUGUAGAAAUGUAAUCGCCAUUAGCAUGGUGCUAAUUCCCCCGUGGGGAAAUAAAAGCUGGAGGUAAUUUUCUUGUUUACAUUAAUAAAAUGAAGCUGUAACAAGAGCCUACUAAUUGAAAAUUGUGUGAUAAACUAUUUGAAAACUAAUGUGGAAUUUUAUAGAUUAAUUGCCGAUUUUCUAAUAUCAUUUGGUACAUUGCCUGAAAUUUGCAUGCUAACCCAAAGGCAUCUUUGUUCUUUCAAUAUUACAAGUGGAAUUAUGUUUAAUAUUAAUUUGGUUUACACUCUUGCUGAUGCUUCUGUAUACUUUUCCAAACAUUCCAAAAACUUGAGCAUUACCUGAUGUAAACAAGUGUGUUUGUUUUUACAUUUCUGAGUGCUGUUUCAAGGUAUAUAUAUAAUAUAUGUACCUUGAAUAGGAAUAGAAAAUAGUUUUGACAUAUACAGUGGUAAAAGUUAUCCCUUUUGUAUACAGACUGAGACUUAGUAAAUAGUCAGCUGCUGAUAUGAUAUUUUAUUCUCCUUUGUCUGUGAUUUAUUUGUGUUUUUGUUAAUAUUUUAGUUGGAUCAGUGAUAUUAAUGACGUGUUUGUCAUGUUGUAUUAAUGGUCUCUGUACACUCUAUUUAUUGAUACAUUGUACAUAUGAACUCUUGUUGCUGAUAAUACAGACAAGUUGGCCGUAUUAAAGUGUGCCUUUAUUCUGAAAGUGUGGUUAUUGGAAUGAGUGGUUUAUGUUAAAAGUAAUGAUAUCUUAUAAAAAACAAAAUCUUACCCUUUCUUCCUCCUGCCAUGCAAAAUUCUGAAAUCCUUUCAGGCUGUAGCACCCUGAGAUUGUCAUCAUAUCUGCACGAGUUGUGCUUGCGUGAGUGUGUGUCUCUUUGUGCCUUUUCUACUGCAGGGCUUUGUCUGAAAUCUUUACUAUUUUAGCAGUGUUUUCAUUGUGCCUGUCUGCUACUCAAUGCCUCCAAUAAAUGGUGAGUAGUCCUCUAUCCUUUCUGUAUUGUUGUUGUUCAGUCCUGGACUUUCUAAUUUUUAAUAUAGUCAUUUGUAACAUGAUCAUCACUAUUUUCAUUUAUAUGUUGUUAUUUUAUUUUAUUCGUGCACUCCUUUUGCUGCAUCUAUGCAUGUUACAAUGUUUUGUAAUAUUUCUCCAUUAUUCUCUGAGAUUGGAUUCAUUUUCUGCACCGUCGGAAAUUAUUUGCCAUAUGUUUGUCGUAAUAUAAAUUUCACAUCAAAUUUCAGUGAUAUCAUUUGCGUAAGAACAGAAGAAAAUUCAAAAUUUGUAACCUGUGUGGUAUUUUGUUGUAAACACGGUAACAUUAUGUAAACAAUUUAAAGCUAUAGUUAACUUUUAUGAAAAGAGUCACUCUCACACUCUAAUUUGAUUCUGAAAGAUUCAUUUUUUUCUGUAUGGUUACCUUAAAUUGUGACUGUAAUGUUGUGUUAAGCCAUGAUAUGUAAUGAAUAAUGUUUAGUUAUUUAUAUUAAACAUCAUUACUUAGCAU